CGGCUUCAGAAGAUCCCCUUCCCCCACGAGUGGGGCACGACCACCUUCUCUCUGGGGAGGGCAGAGUGGGGGGCUGCAAGCCAGAUCCCCUAGGAAGGAGACCUUGGCUCUCUGCCGGCUUUCUCGGAAUGUCCUUGGCGCUGACCGAGCUGAUAGCCACCCGAGGGAGGGCUGAGCCGCCAUGUCGCACAUGGCUGACCAAGGUUCUAGAACGCCCAGGCAGCCAAGAUGCUAGAGCCAAAGGACAUGACCGAGAAGGAACUGUCAGAAGAAUCAUGUGAGCUGGAAGCUGCUGCAGUCCUCCCAAAGUCCUGUCUCCAACAUCUGGACAGCACCAACUGGAAAGAGCGCAUCUCCUGUCUGGAGGCCCUGGAGAAAGCCGUGGAAGAGAUGGACCACCACCAGGUGCCCUGUCAAGCUUUGGUCAGGCUCCUCCAGAAAGAGCCCGGCUGGAACGAAACCAAACUCCAGGUCAUGCAGAAGAAGUUGCACAUCGUCACCCUCAUCGCCCGCAAAGGGAACUUCUCCAGAACCUCCGCUCAGUUCGUCCUGGGGAACCUGGUGGACAAGAUUGGAGAUGUCAUCUGCGGCGGCGACACCAAGGAAGCCCUCACGGCCGUGGCGGAGGCUUGCGGCUUGCCGUGGACUGCCAAGAAAGUGACCGAAGCCGCUUUUUUGCAGGACAGCCCCAGGACUCGGGCCGAAACGCUGAAGUGGCUUUCAGAGGCCAUCCGAGAUUUUGGGUUUGAGGGCCUACAGGCCAAGAUGUUUGUGAGCUACAUCAAAGCUUCCUUGUCCGCAGCCCAUCCAGACGUGCGGACCUCUGCUUUUAACCUCCUCGGGGUGAUCUUCCUCUACGUCGGGAGCCCCUUGAGGGCCUACUUUGAGAAUGAGAGACCCCCUCUUCUGGCCCAGAUCGACGCCAGAUUUGAGCAGCUGAGAGGUCAAAGUCCUCCUCCUCAAACACGAGGCCGCUGCCGGUUCUGCCGAAACUGUGCCAACGAGCAACAGGGAGGCGAUGCGCAGCCCUACUGGAAGAAGAACACGGUGGACAUCAGCCAGAAGAUCUCGGUCGAGCUGAUAUCCAAGAUGCAGGACCCCAGCUGGAAAGUCCGGAAGGAAGGGCUGGAGGAAGUCUCCAAGAUCCUCAGAGAGGCCACCUCCAUUCAGCCCAAUCUUGGCGACCUCCCGCUCGCCUUGAAAGCUUGUCUGCACGACGCCAACAAAGUUCUGGUGAAGCAGACCUUGAUUGUCCUGCAGCAGCUGGCCAAGGCCAUGGGCCCGGGGGUGAAGCAUCAUGUCAAGACCCUGGGGAUGUCCAUCCUUGCGGUUCUCAAAGACAGCAAAAGUAGCUUGAGGCCCAUGGCUCUUAGCACCAUUGAGGCCUGGGCCGAGCAGAGCGGCAUAAAGGAGUGGCUGGAAGGAGAUGACCUCUUCACCGAUCUGAAGAAGGAGACGGUGUCCCCCAGACAGGGCUUCCUGGGCUGGUUGGUGGAGAAACUGCCAUCUUCCAACUCGGCUUCUACUGACCUGCUCCGUUGCGUUCCUCACCUCUAUUCAGCCUUGGAGAAUUCCCACGAGGAAACACGCACUACCGCGCAGGAGGCCCUGCCCUUUUUCCUUCUUCACCUUGGCGUUGAGAAGAUGGCUGAAGCUACCAACAAGCUGAAGCCAACUUCCAGAGACCAGGUCCUCCUUCUCCUGGAAAGAGUCAAAGACAGCAGAUCUUCCAAGUCCACCCUUAGCUUGUCCAGGACCCUUUCCAAGCUCCCACGAGGCAGGUCUUGGUCCAGAUCAGAGGUGGCAACUCCUCAACCAUGCCUACCCACCCCCUCCUCCUCGACUGAAAACGUCGGGUCCAACGAGUUGAGCGUAGAUGUCCGAAAAGCCAUUUCAGAAGGCACGGUCCCCAAAGCUAAGCGGCUUCCGGCGACGAAGGCUCAAAGCAAAGUGGGCUUCAAAGAAGGUCCCAGCAAGCUAGGCCCCAUUUUUAUGAUUGUCCCCAAAGGCAAAGAGCAAAGGGCCAAGGAGGAGAAGGCUUUGAAGGUCCUGAGAUGGAACUUCAGCACCCCAAGCAGCAAAUAUAUCGAGCAGCUCAAAGCUCAGAUGUCCGGUUGUCUGUCGGGCUGGCUACAAGAAGAGAUGUUUCAUUCCAACUUCCAACACCACAUCAAAGCGUUGGCGGUGAUGACCAAGCACCUGGAGGUUGAGAAAGAUGGGGUCCUCAGCUGCCUGGAUCUCAUCUUGAAAUGGCUCAGCCUUCGGUUGUUUGACACCAACACUUGGGUGUUGAUGAAGACUCUAGAGUACCUUCAGAGACUCUUCCAUCUGCUCAUUGAGGAGAAGUAUCAGCUGACGGAUAACGAGGUGUCCUCUUUCCUGCCCUACCUUCUCCUGAAGCUGGGAGGAACCAAGGAAUCCAUCCUCAAAGAAGUCCGAGCAAUUGUGAAGCAGAUUGUCUUCAUUUACCCGGCCUCCAAGACGUUGUCUUUUCUCCUGGAAGGAGCCCAGGUGAAAAACACCAACCAACGGGUCGGUUGUUUGAAAGAGUUGGGAUGGUUGCUGAAGAAAUACGGUCCGGAAGUCUGCCAGCCAAAUCCCAGCAAAAUUCUGAAGACUCUCCUUGUCUUGACGGGAGACUAUAACAAUGUGGUCCAUACGGCUGCUUUGAAGGUCAUCGCAACUGCUCGGGACGUGUUUGGGGUAGAAACAUUUCGGGUCAUCGGGAAUAUCUCGGAGAAACACAUGGGACUUUUGGAGGAGAGCAUCAAAGAGGCAGGAGCUAUGGAUGUCAGAGAGGAGAAAAUGGAAAGGCACCUCUCCAAGUCUGUAGAAAGUUCCCGGCAGAACAUCCCAACUGGAAAUCCAACCAAAGAGGACUCCUCAGAUUCUGUUCAAGAGCAGGAGAAGAUCAACCAGGAGGACACGUCUCCAAAUCCCAAACCAGCAGUUGGAGAAUCACCAGGGAUGAAUAUGGAGCUCCAAGCUGAGAGUAGGGUCUCACCUAAUGUCAACAUGAUCAUUUGCCAUGUGGCUAGUGGUUGCCUUGUCACAAGUACAGAGGCCUUAGUCCAGAUUCAGGAGAUUCUGGAGCAGGAGGACAAUGUGGAACUCAUGUCUGGCCACAUCAACCCGUUUCUGAUAGCUGCCCUCCGGCAGAUGAAGUUCAUCCACCGUCUCCACGUCACGGCAGAAGAAGAAGCAAGGAAGGAACAGGUAGUUGAGCUCCGUAACGCCAUCAUUUGCAACCUGGCCGCCCUCUUCCAGGUAGAGAUCUUGGCCCAGCAAGCUUCUGCUGGAGUGCUGAAGGACCUCAUCAGUUGUCUCAUCAGCUUCUUGUUGGAUUCUCCAGUGGAGGAGCUUCCAGAAGAGCAAUCCACUAAACUGGUGGUCAUCAAGGUUCUGGAGAAAUCCAACCAGACCAGAAUCCUCAGUUCUUUGCUUCUGCUUCUCCAAGAAAGCAUGACCGCCCCCACCAACCUCUUUGCUUUUUCAGAAAUGGUGGCCAAGUGCUUGUGGAAAACAGCCAAGAGGCUUCCUCAGACCAUCGACAACCUCUAUCUGGACCAGAUCCUGCUGGAUGUCCACCUAUUCAUGAAGGUCCUGCCCAAGGAGAAAUUAAAGCAGUAUCAGAGCAAUUAUCCACUGCGGGCCCUGAAAACUCUUCUCCAUGCCCUUUGCAAGUUGAUGGGCGAGGAGAUCUUGGAUCAUCUCACGCUGAUUGAGGACAGGGGAGACUCCGAUUUGGAAGCCAACCUCCAGAAAGUUCUUGGCCACUUUGAGGGACAGGCUGGCCUGGACCAAGAGCCAGGCUCUCCUUCUCUAGCCCAGGAUGACGUCAACCCAACCUUGGUUGACAUUUUCAAGAAGAUCAACUCCAAGGAAACCGCCAGGGCAGGUCUUGAAGAUCUCCACGAAUUCAAGGAGAAACACCCCGAGGCAGAUUUAGUACCUUACUUGAAAAACUGUUCCCUUCUUUUCCGGAGUUACGUCAAACACGGCUUGGCCGUUAUAAUGUCGGAGAGGGAAAACAAACAGAAAACCCACAUUUCGUCCGAGAACGCUGCGUGAUGCCAGGUCUCCGUUCCCAAAUGGUAAAGAUUUCCAGGUGCAGAAGAAGAGUCCACAUCGGGCCAGGAGUAUACUUUUCAACUCAAUUCCCCCCUUGCCUGCCAGAAAAGUCACUGACAAGGUGAAAAAAACCCCCUAAAACAAUAAAAUCAGCUGUCAGUUGCUCAAAAGA